UGCGCUUUUUUCUUUUUGGUGGCGAUCGCUGGGUUUUGGGGUUGGCGCGAUCUGGUCCAGCACAAUGCCCCGACAGCCAGCACCAGCACCAGCAUCAGCACACAGAGGCAUCCGGCCGCGAGCCAUGCCGGCCAAGCAGCCAGGGCCCAGCCAGCGAGAUCUGGAGCGCGAGAGAAUCGAGCGGAGAAUGAAUGCCUUCCACAACCCCGAGGACGAAGACAGCGACGGCUCCGAUAUCCAAGACAGCGGCAAUAUGGAUGAUGGCGAUGGCUUUGACUACGAACAGGAAUACGGUAGCAGCGAUGACGAAGAGGAAGAGGAAGAAGAAGAGGAAGAGGAAGAAGAGGACGAAGAAGAGGAGGAGGAGGAAGAAGAGGACGAAGAAGAGGAGGAGGAGGAGGAACAGCCUCCAAAGCGGCAAUCAAAGCAUACCAAGCUCGCCCGUGAUCCCAAAGCCAUGCAACUGGAAAGGCUCAAGCAAGAGCUCGCGGAGGUCUCGUUUGAGCAACUGGCCUCGAUCCAGAGCAAGAUGGGCAUGAAAAAGUUCCACGAGGCCCUUCGUGGGUCAUCAAGGCCCGGUGCCGGCACCCGCCGCAGGGAAGCCAAAGAUGAAGACGAUGAGAUCUAUGGCGGCGACGACGACGACCGGGACCCGGAUGAUGAUGAGGAGAGCCAAGAGGACGAGGGCCGCGACUGGAAUCGUCGCUCGUCCGCAAAGGAUGCUAAAAAGGCAAUACCCCGGCGGAAAGAUAAGAACAUGUGAGUGAACCAUGCGGCAGAUGCGGACAAAGCUCCUUUGCUGAUGGACUGUCUCCAUGGAUUGCCAUAUCCAGGCCGAUGGAAGUGUCGUCCAAGAAACCAGUUUCCCGAGCACGAACAGUUGUGGAGCUGCCCAAGCGGGUAGGUUUCCUGGUAGCAACAUCGACGGAUGAUUGCUCCUAUCCGCGCAUGUCU